AUGUAUCGAAAUGGCCGAAGCUGUAGCGGUGAUGCGGGCAACAUUGCCAUAGCUCUAUUGUGGCUAACUGCACUCAACGUACUAACGACGCCAGCAGCAGCAGCAGCAAUAACGACAAAUACCAACGAAGAAGCAAUAACAAUAACAAACAAAACAACAAUAGCAAUAGCAACAAAAGUUGCAGCAGCAUCAAAUCCGCAAAUCCCAUAUACAGCAAAUCGAAAAAUAAAUCCAAAUACCCAAACAUGGCUAAAAGCGACACCGCCAGUGCCAGCAGCAGGCGCAACAGUUGCAAUGCCAGUGCCCACGACCGCUACAGUGCCCACUACCGCGCCCGCGUCCACAUCUACGAAAUCAGUGGCAGCUUUAGGCACUGCUUCAGUUUCAGCUAAAGCUUCAGCCUUACUAGUAUCCAUGCCGCUGCCAUUGAGUUUCACAAAUGCUGCAAAUUACUUCACUUUAGCUGGCAAAUUUAAUCCGGUUCGCAGGAUGCGACAUCGCCAUCGUCGUCGCCGUCGCCGUCAUCUGGCAGCAGCUGUGAAUGCAGCUGUUGCUGUUACUACGCUUGACAGUAAUCCUAAUACCAGCAGCAGGACGGAAAGCACUUACAGCAGCAAUAACAAAAAUAGCGUACCCUUCACCACACCGUUAAAUGUUAGUCAACACGCUGGCGAACUGUGCAAUCGCCCCUGCGUAGCUGGCGACAGUCGCAUUUGCUAUUUCAAAUUUGCGCUCGAACAUUACCAGGUCAUGGGAGUCGCUUGUGGCCGCUGUUCGCUUGGCAUUGCCGCUGACUGCUUCAACCCGCAAUGCAUCUUGGCGGAUGGCUAUGAAAAGGGUGUUAUGAGCAUUAACCGCCAGCUACCUGGCCCCGCCAUUCUGGUGUGUCGUGACGAUUUGAUUGUUGUCGAUGUGGCCAACCAAGCGCUUGGUACUGCUGCUGCCAUCCAUUGGCAUGGCCAGCAUAUGGUUGCAACCCCUUGGUCGGAUGGUGUACCUUUUGUUACUCAAUGCCCCAUACAUUUUGCCAACACGUUCCGUUAUUACUUUUGGGCCACUGAAGUCGGUACGCAUUUCUACCAUUCACAUUCAGGUCACCACAAGGUCAACGGUCAAUAUGGCGCGCUAAUCAUACGUGACGAUCCAAUUAUGAUGCUCAACGCCAACACUUACGAUUUUGAUCUACCCGAAUACUAUAUACUCAUCUCCGAUUGGAUGCACACCUAUGGCGAACAAU